AUGGAAAAGAAACGGGGUCAAUCGCCAUUUGUGUCUGCUGGUGUUCUGCUGCGUGCCAGGAUCCGCGUCUACCCGUGUGCACUGCUUGUCGGUCAACCAGAGACGAGUGCCUCAAGACUGGAUGUGCGAUUGUUUGCUUGGAGAAAGAUAGAUUCCUUCACAGUCGAGUCUGCGAGUGCGAUUCACACUCGCCGGCUACAAACCCAUCUGCACCACCACCUCUUCCGACCGCAUCGACAAUUCUGCGAACAUCAUUUCCACUCGUACACAAUCACCAUACGCAAUACCCAGUUUACGCGCUUCGAACCCCCCAAACCCGCCAUCUUCCGCUCGAGCUCCCCGACCCGGGUGGAGUCUGAUAACACCCACAAAGAUCACGGAUCACGCCAACCCCCCACAAGUACUGCCGCAGCGAUGUGGAAGAGGCUUAACAACCCGCGGGUUGCCCGCCAGCCGGUCCACGAAGAGCCUGUGUUGGAGAGAUCGUAUCCUCGCUCUGGCGAUAAUAUGGGGUUGAUGGGUGGUAGGAACACUGGCUUGCAAUUUUAUGAUGACAGGAGCGUGCCGCCGAAAAGACCGCAGAGAGACGAGGAUCCUAGGACGAAGAUUUUACCUCGGUUGCCAUUCGAACCGCCUACAAUUGAGAUAAAUCAAGACUCCGAGUUUCGACCAAUCUCAUCGAUAUACUCGCAGCCUUCUCCGAAUCCAAUCAGUUCCGGCUACCCGAGAGAAUCGUACCAGACGCAAAGCUCGUACCAGACGGAAUACGUGGAUGACGAGGUGUCACCGCAGAGCUCGCCGGAACUUCGUCCUUGGGUUAAUAGGAACCAGUAUUCAGACGACGACGAAGGUGUAUCUCCUAUUGACGAGACGCCCGAUAUCUCACGCCUUGGCUUCAGCGACUCAGGCUCAAGUCCAAGACCUCCGAUGCGCAGCAUUCCAGUCAUGAGAAGAGAAAAUCAUAGCCAGGUCGCUACAACGGCUGCAAAUCUGGUAAAUCGCAAGGAGAUUGGUCAUGGCCCGAGAGGUAGAGUUGCCCACGACCCAAGAUGGGAUCCCUAUUCAGGAGAAAUCACAACCAGCGACCGAGGGAAGCCCCAGUCCGUCAAGCCUGGUACAUUCUCACCCCCAAGCCUGCGCCCCGUCCACAAGGAAACUGGUGUCACUCUAGGAGUCGAGACGCACAUCUCCGCACCCGCCCAGAAACAAAACACUUCAUUUAGCGAUCGAGUCCGAAAACUCAAAGGCAGCAACCCAGCUCCAGUCGAGCGACCACCGUGGAAAGGCGCAACCGGUCGAACAACACUCGUAUCUCCAGUUCAGGACCAACAUCAUAUCCCUCAUCUGUCCAUCCCUCGAAAAAGCAAUAAUUCCAGCGCAUCCCAUCAUUCUGGUGGAAUGAGCCCAGCGACAACUGUCCAAAACCGCUCUGAUGAAACCUCUGUCCGCACCGUGCUCGAGCGCAACAGUCGCAAUUCCCCAACCGUGCAAUCUCCCAAACAUGUGACCCCUGAUCCGGUCAUCGUGUCUCAGUCUGCCGCAACCAGCAACCUGACGCGGAAUGAAAAUGAUGCCCCAAGCGAGUUGAAAAGAGAUGACACGAUCGCGAACAUCGAGCGUAAUUUUGAACGCGGAAUCCGGGAGCAGCUCCCAGGCGUCGUGGAGCAAGACGAAGGAACGUAUAAACAGCCCUCGUCUCGCUUUUCCGUGACAACCUACGCGCCCUCCGAAGCUGCAACACCUCGUCCCUCUAUAGACGCUUUCGAAACCCCUCCAGUGCCAGACCUCACCCCGCUGGUCAACCGCACCCGUCCCCGCUACGUCGAGUCUCCUAGAGCCUCCAGCAUUACCAGCUCAGUCGUCUCCCGCAAAGCCGUCGCCAACGGGCCAUCUUCUCCCGUGUUCAUCUCAAUGGCAUCCAUACCCGCCCAUCUCCCAGCUAGCAAGCGCUCCUCGAACGUCGCCAAGAACCUCCCCAUGUCCCCCGCCGAAGCCGAAUCUCAAGAUCUCGUCACCUCUCUGCAAGCCCAGCUUGACGACCUCGCGCAUAGGAAGAACAAUAUCGCGAGAAGUAUCCGGCAGAUGACAGAAUUGAUGCCGAAGGAUAGCGUGAUGCUGACCGAGGAUGUGAGGCGGAAGCGGGAGCUGGAGAAGAUCAAGGUGGAGAGGCUGAGGGAGGAGGAGGCUGAUGUUAGGAGGGAGGAGCAUGAGGUUGGACUGAAGCUGCAUCGCGCGUGGAAGAGAAGAGACAAGGGGGCUGUCUAUGAACCAACCGGGCUGUGGGUUAGGAGGGUCACUGGAUGA